GUACCGACCAAACAAAUAAGUUCUCUCUCCCGACAUCCCUCGGCGUUCAAUCACCAGACAAAAACCCUAAAGCCCUAGUUUUCCUUCACCUUCUCCGCCUCUGAAAUUUCGUUUCAAUCCAGAGAGAAGAAGACAAGAUGAGAGUGAAGAGGCAGAAGAAGAACAGGAGAACCGUGAGAUUCUUCACCGUAUGUUUCGGGUUCCGACAGCCUUUCAAAGUCCUUUGCGACGGAACCUUCGUCCACCAUCUCGUGUCUCGCGAGAUCACUCCCGCAGACACUGUCAUCUCCGAGCUCCUAGGAGGUCCCGUCAAGCUCUUCACGACCAGGUGUGUGGUUGCGGAGUUGCAGAAACUGGGUAAAGAUUACUCCGAGUCUCUCGAGGCUGCUCAGAUGCUUAGCACUGCUACGUGUGAGCACGAUGAGGCAAAACCAGCAGACGAGUGUUUAUCAGAGGUACUCGGAUCCAAAAACUCGGAGCAUUUCUUUCUCGGUACUCAGGACGCCGUUUUUAGGAAAAAGCUUCAGAUGGAGUCUAUCGUUCCACUAUUGUAUGGUCUGAAUAACAGUCUGCAGAUCGACCAACCUUCUGAUUUCCAACGUGAGGUCGCAAAAGACUCUGAAAGAAAGAGGUUGACCAUGACGGAUGCGGAGAAGAGGAUGUUGGAGAAACAGACUGCGAGGAUCUUAGCUUCUAAUAUAGGAGAAGGAACAGCUGAAGAGGAUAAAUGGGAAACGCCGCGAGUGUUCAGUUCAAGAAAUGGACUCGGUGUUAAGGAUAAACCCCAAUUCAAGCGAAAUAGAGCAAAGGGACCAAACCCACUUUCAUGCAUGAAGAAAAAGAAGGUGAACGAUGCCAAGAAACCUCAAUCAAAGCCCAAAGCUGAAUCGAGAUCUGGUGCACAAGAGGUAAAGAAAGGUGAAGGCGGUGGAGAAAAGAGGACAAGAAAACGGUCCAGAAAAGGAAAAGCUGGUCCGGAUAGAACCUGAGUGAGUGAAACACAGUUGGUUCUAUGUAGCAGACUCGACAAGAACUUGGUGCUGUUGUUCUUUUCUUUGUAAUUCUUUCAUCCAACGCAGUUACUUUUAACCUUUUCUUUGAUCGCUAUGGUUUUUUACUGCACACUUCAUCAAUAUUUCA